AGAAAAUCGUUAAAAUAGCGCCCUUGGAAAGCAGAAUGAGUUUUCACGGUGUCUAAAGUCCAGAUUAAACUGCACCCGUUUGGAACUCCCUGCGUCUGGCUGUUUAUUCCAAGUGGCCGCUACAGUGAAAACUCAUCGCAAGAGACCAGAUCUUUCGGCAGUGAAGCUGACACCAUCCUUUCUGGAAGCCAGCUGUCUCCAGUCGGACCAAUGAUCUCACACAGGCAAGAUAAACCAUAAAGUUAAAGUGGACCAUCACAUGAACAAGCUCACAACAUAACUGAAUUGGCGUAGUGUGUCUUCAGUGAACCCAAAGCAGUUGAAGAAAGCAAAAAAAAUGUCACUUCCAACAGAGAAAACAGAUAAUGCUGUAGACAUGCCACUCAGGUCUAGCUCCAGAGAAAGAAAACUAACAGAAAAAGGCCAAGAGAUGCACAUCCAAGAGAACAAAAAACGUGAGAAAACAUUCCACAAGGUCUAUGAUUCUUGGAAGUGGGUGGCAAGAGAAAGUAGGAAAAAACUAAAGGCCCUCUGUACAUUAGAAGAACUCAAUGAUUUACAGGAAACCAUUCAAGCAAAAUAUGAUGCUGUAAGACUACAGUACAAACCCAUUCUACGUAACAGUAACACCACAGCAGAGAUUGUCAAAAAGAUGGAAGCCUGUGUUACGCUCACAAAAGAAAUUUGUGACCUCAUAAACAAUCGUACAGAGACUAUUGAUAAAGAUUAUAAUAGUCAUCUUGAGAAAGAAAGAGUAAGAGAAACAUUAAACAAAGAUGAAUAUGGAUCUAUCUUUGGUCACACUCAAACUGAAACUGUAAGCUCAUCUAAAUCAUCAGAGGGUUCAAGCAGCCAUUCCAACUCAUCUAGUACUAAUGACAACAAGGCAGAUGCACAAGCAGAGCUUGCUGCUAAAGUGGAACAAUCAAAGGCCACAAAAGAAAUUCAAGCACAAGCACAGCUCCAAAAAUUAGAAAACGAAUGGAAACUUAAAGAGUCAAAAAUGCUGUCAGAAAUGAAGCAAAAAGAAGUGGAAAUGCAACAACAGCUGGAUCAAGAAAGAGCAAAACUGCAGCGGUUAAAAGAAGAAAAGGAAAUAGCUGUAGCAGCAGCUCGUGUGAGAGCAUACGAUGAAUUUGAACGCUGUGUAAGCAAUGUUAAAGAAGUUGAAGAUCUUAAUUACAGAACUAACCCUGUCUUCUCUAGAGAUAAACCCUGCUUGAAUCCAGAUGCUACAUCGUUCCAGCCUUACCAAUCAGCUCCAGAGGUGACAACAAAUCCAGAGACAUCCAAUCUAGCUGAAGCAAUUGCCAGCUCAUUAAGCAUGAGUCGCUUACCAGUCCCUGAACCCAUAGUAUUCAGUGGAGAUCCUUUAAGGUUUACUGAUUGGAAAAUGUCAUUUAUGACUCUUAUUGACAGAAAGCCCCUCCCAGCUAGUGAGAAGAUGUUUUAUCUCAGAAACUAUCUUGCUGGAGAAGCACGCAAAGCUGUUGAAGGUUUCUUUUACCAUGACUCAGAAAGUGCAUACAUUGGUGCUUGGAAAGUCUUACAGGACAGAUAUGGCAACGCGUUCAUUAUACAGAAAGCUUUUCGUGACAAGCUUGCAAGAUGGCCAAAGAUCAAUGCAAAUGACUCACUUGCACUACGCGGGUUUUCUGACUUCCUCCAAGGCUGUAAAGAAGCAAUUCCACAUGUCAAGGGAUUAGCUAUCCUCAAUGACUGUGAAGAAAACCAUACGUUGCUCAAAAAAUUACCUGAAUGGAUUGUUCGCAAGUGGAGUCGAAUAGUUGUGGAUGAACUUGAUGAAUCAGACCCCGAUUGUCGGUCUGGAUCCAGCCCGGAGCCCCGUCAAGCCAAGGCUCGAAUCACGGACUGA